CAAACUGAGUAACGUUUCUGAAUUACUGGUAGGACAACCUGGAAAGGUACUCACUGGGUACCCUACUUCCAGGAAAUCAAAGGACCCUGGUAAUCUCUAGACUGAAGGAGCUACCCUGAGAUAUAAUGGAGAUACAAACCUACCGACUUCUAGUUCCAGGAAAAACCAUGACCACUUUAUUACUAGCACUUGUGUGUUUACGAGUCAUCGCUGCAGCAGUCUCCGUGGAAGUUUUAGAUCAUGGGGCCAUGCUUAGUGUGAGCAUACCUUUACACUCCCCCCUGCAUGUUCCCCUGGGAAGCACUCUGACCAUCCCCUGUUACUACAUGAACACAUUGGAGCAUGUCACCACGUCUCCGUCCACCGCCCCUCUGACCCCACGAAUCAAAUGGAGCAGACUGUCGGAAGGCAAAGAGGUUGUCUUGUUAGUGGCCAUGGAUGGGCACGUGAAAAUCAGCACUGCAUACCAGGAGGUAGUCUCUUUGCCCAAUUACCCCGGCAUACCCACUGAUGCCACCCUGGAAAUAAAGACACUUCGGUCCAAUGAUACCGGGAUCUAUCGCUGUGAGGUGAUACAUGGUAUCGAAGACAGCCAGGAUACAGUAGAGGUCAAGGUAAAAGGCAUGGUGUUCCAUUACAGAGCCAUCUCCACCCGGUACACUUUGGACUUUGCGAAGGCCAAGCAGGCAUGCAUCCAGAAUAGUGCUGUUAUUGCUACCCCAGAGCAACUCCAGGCUGCCUAUGAUGAUGGCUUUGACCAGUGCGAUGCUGGAUGGUUGGCUGAUCAGACUGUCAGGUACCCAAUGCACCAUCCUCGAGAAGGUUGUUAUGGCGACAAGGAUGAAUUUCCUGGAGUGAGGACAUACGGAGUUCGCGAUACGGACGAGACGUACGAUGUGUAUUGUUAUGCAGAGGAAAUGGAAGGUAAAGUCUUCUAUGCCACCUCCCCAGAGAAGUUCACCUUCCCAGAAGCUGCAGAGAAAUGCCACCGCCUUGGCGCUCGUCUGGCAACAACAGGAGAGCUUUACCUGGCCUGGAAAGAUGGGAUGGAUGUGUGUAGCGCUGGCUGGUUGGCAGAUCGCAGCGUUCGGUACCCUAUCAACAAGGCAAGUCCCACCUGUGGUGGCAACCUGGUGGGCGUGCGCACAGUGUACCUCCAUGUCAACCAGACAGGGUAUCCUCACCCCCAUUCCCGCUAUGAUGCUAUCUGCUAUGCUGGUAGUGAUUUUGACACAAUCAUCCAUGAGAACUUCACUGGUGAGAUAAUCGAUGAACUGGGCAGCAGCUUCACCAUCCAGACAUUCACAGAGACAGACAUCGAGCUAGAAUUUGCACUUAAUGCCACCGGGGAGGAGGCCCGAGGCAGCAUCGCCACCUUGGAGCCAAUAGACUUUACCACCUCAGAGGGGGCAGAGGGCUUCACAGCAACUCCAGAUCACUUUGUUACUCACUUCUUUGAUGAGGCAGAGAACAGGACAGAUGUGGAGAUCUGGGAGGAUCUAGAAAAUGCCACCAUCUCAAUCCCAGACACUCUUGUCACUACCGAUACCCCAGAGGUGAGCUCUGUGGAAGACAGCUUGUGGUCUACCGCUGCCAUAACACCAGAACUAGAAUCUGCCUUGUCGUUCACAGUGGAAGAUCAAAUUGUGCCAGGGACAGCUGUUCCUGGUAUUGGUCUUGUUCCCAGGCAGCCCAUUUCUCCCACAGGUGUUGUCUUUCAUUAUCGAGCAUCCACCAAUAGAUAUUGCCUGACUUUUGUCAAAGCCCAGCAAGCCUGCCUAGAUAAUAAUGCUAUUAUUGCCACUCCUGAACAAUUGCAGGCUGCCUAUGAGGAUGGUUAUGAUCAAUGUGAUGCUGGCUGGCUGAGGGACCAGACUGUCAGGUACCCCAUUGCGAUUCCACGGAGCAAAUGUGAAGGAGACAAAGAAGAUAUCCCAGGAGUCCGGACAUAUGGUAUGCGCCCAGCAUCAGAGAUGUUUGAUGUAUACUGCUAUAUCAAGAGACUGAAUGGUGAGGUCUUCUUUGCAACACAACCAGACCAGUUCACCUUACUGGAAGCCCAAGAAUACUGUCAGAGCCAGAAUGCCACUCUGGCUUCUACUGGACAACUUUAUGCUGCCUGGAGAUUGGGCCUGGAUAACUGCCUUGCUGGCUGGCUGGCUGAUGGCAGCCUUCGAUAUCCCAUUGUCAACCCACGUCCUGCGUGUGGUGGGGAGCAGCCUGGUGUGAGGACCACCUACUUGUACUCCAAUCAGACAGGAUUCCCUGACCCACAAUCAAAGCACCAUGCUUUCUGUUUCAGAGCUCAACCAUCUCUGUAUGAGGACAUAGAGGAAGAUCUCAUUGCAGCCCAGCUAGUCCCUGGGAUUGAGGAAGUCCCUUCUGGGGAGGAAACGACUGUGGAAAUGGAAUUUGCAACUGAUGUUGAAAACCAGACUGAGUGGGGAACAGAAGUGUUUCCGACGAAUAUAUCAUUGUUGUCUGUGAGUCCAUCAGCUGUUCCUUCUGUUGAUGGAACACCUGAUGAAACAAGUGCAGAAGCUCCAGUCACAAAAACAUAUGAUUCUGGCUGGACAUCUGGAGCUCCAGAUAUAAGCGGGAUGUUUGAACCUAGUGGAGAACCUUCUGGAUUUGGAGAAAGCGGACUCCCUUCUGGAGCCACAGACUUUAGUGAGCUUCCUUCUGGAGAGAGUGGGCUACCAUCAGAAGACUUAAGUGGCCUAACUUCUGGCAUUAUUGAGGUCAGCAUCUUACCUUCUGGAGAUGAAGAAUUGACAUCAGGGAUUGCCUCGGGAAUCCAAGAACGAGUACCUGGACUUCAAGAAGGCAAAGGGAUUCCAGAAAUGAGUGGGUUGCCUUCUGGAUUUAGUGGAGAGAAUUCUGGUUUUGAACAUUUUAGUGGCUUACCAUCUGGGGAGUAUGAUUACAGUGGUCUCACAUCCGGAUUUCCUACCGUGUCCCUUGUGAAUGCCACAUUGGUGGAAGUUGUAACCACAGCAACGGACAAGGAAGUGGAAGGGAAAGGAACAAUUGAGGUCAGUGGAGAUGGAGACUUACCAGGGUUUCCCUCUGCUGAAUGGGACAUUAGUGGGGUAACCAGUGGAUUACCCUCGGGAGUUGAAGUCAGUAGAAUACCUGACAUUAGUGGGCUUUCCUCAGGACUCGAUAUCAAUGGUGAGCUGUCUGGGAUACCUGAUCUCAGUGGAUUACCAUCAGGACUUGAUGUUAGUGGACAAUCAUCUGGUCUGCCAGAUAUUAGUGGGUUGUCUUCAGGAAUUUUCAGUAGAGAACAUUUUGGGAUACCUGAUGUAAGUGGUUUUGUGGACUUAAGUGGCCAAGCUUCUGGUAUUGAUGGAAGCAGCGAGCCUUCAGGGGUCACAUUCAUAGAUGCUAAUCUGUUUGAAGUGACAACUCCUGCAGCUAAAGAAGAAGAAGGGAAAGGAUUUGUAGAAAUGAGUGGGUUGGCUUCAGGAGACGAAGGUUUAUCAGGCAUGGUGUCUGGAAUUCCAGAUGUGAGUGGUCAGCCUUCUGGCCAAAUAGACUUCAGUGGGUGGACUUCAAGAGCUCAUGAAAUCAGUGAACUUCCAAGUGGACUAACAGACAUUAGUGGAGAAAGUUCGGGUGUUGGUCUCACCAGUAGCUUGCCAUCUGGAAUUUAUGAUUACAGUGGACUUGCGUCUGGGUUUCCCACAAUCUACCUUGUGGAUACAACUUUGGUGGAAGUUGUAACACAGCCAUCUGCUGCCCAGGAACUAGGAGAAGGGACAUCUGGGAUAUUAGAAAUCAGUGGACUUCCUUCAGGAGAGAGGGAGGCAUCUGGGGAACCAUAUGGUGUAACGACAGCUAGUGGAUUUCCAUCAGGGACAGUUGACAUCAGUAGAACAUUAUCAGGUGUUCCAUAUUUUAGUGGUGAAAUUGCUGGUGUCACUGACCUUAGUGGAGAGUCUUCAACAGUAACAGGUACUAGCGGUGAUGCCUCUGGAAUCCCAGAAGUCACUUUAGUAACAUCUGAACUUAUAGAAUCUGUGACGAGCCCAGCAAUCUCACAAGAAAUGGCUGGAAGAACAGAGGCAACAUAUCACCAUUUUCCUGAAUCAAGUGGGGAAGCCUCCACAGCUGGUGGAGAGACUUCUGCAUAUCCUGAAAGUACCAUAAACCCCUCUGAAUAUCAUGACAUUAGUGGUGAAACAUCCAUAUUUCAUGAAGCUGGUGUAGAAACCUCUACUCUUAAUGAAGCUAGUGGUGAAACAUCCAUAUUUCAUGAAGCUGGUGUAGAAACCUCUACUCACCAUGAAACAAGUGGUGAGGCACCCACAUUUCAUGAAGCUGGUGUAAACACCUCUACUGUUCAUGAAAUAAGUGGUGGAACAUCCACAUUUCAUGAAGCUGGUGUAGAAGCCUCUACUGUUCAUGAAAUAAGUGGUGGAACAACCACAUUUCAUGAAGCUGGUAUAGAAACCUCUACUCUUAAUGAAACUAGUGGUGAAACAUCCAUAUUUCAUGAAGCUGAUGUAGAAACCUCUACUCACCAUGAAACAAGUGGUGAGGCACCCACAUUUCAUGAAGCUGGUGUAAACACCUCUACUGUUCAUGAAAUAAGUGGUGGAACAACCACAUUUCAUGAAGCUGGUAUAGAAACCUCUACUCUUCAUGAAACGAGUGGUGGGACAUACACAUUUCAUGAAGCUGGUGUAGACACCUCUACUCACCAUGAAACAAGUGGUGAGGCAUCCACAUUUCAUGAAGCUGGUGUAGAAGCCUCUACUGUUCAUGAAAUAAGUGGUGGAACAUCCACAUUUCAUGAAGCUGGUGUAGAAGCCUCUACUGUUCAUGAAAUAAGUGGUGGAACAACCACAUUUCAUGAAGCUGGUAUAGAAACCUCUACUCUUAAUGAAACUAGUGGUGAAACAUCCAUAUUUCAUGAAGCUGAUGUAGAAACCUCUACUCACCAUGAAACAAGUGGUGAGGCACCCACAUUUCAUGAAGCUGGUGUAAACACCUCUACUGUUCAUGAAAUAAGUGGUGGAACAACCACAUUUCAUGAAGCUGGUAUAGAAACCUCUACUCUUCAUGAAACGAGUGGUGGGACAUACACAUUUCAUGAAGCUGGUGUAGACACCUCUACCCACCAUGAAACAAGUGGUGAGGCAUCCACAUUUCAUGAAGCUGGUGUAGAAACCUCUACUCUUCAUGAAACGAGUGGUGGGACAUCCACAUUUCAUGAAGUUGGUGUAGACACCUCUGCUCACCAUAAAACAAGUGGUGAGGCAUCCACAUUUCAUGAAGCUGGUGUAGACACCUCUACUGUUCAUGAAAUGAGUGGUGAAGCAUCAACAUUCCCAGAAAGCCACCCAGAAAUGUCCACUCUUUAUGAAAAGGGUAAUGAAACAUCAGCAUUACCCGAAAGCUAUUCAGAAACAUUUGGAGUACUUUUUACCAGUGGAUUGCCCUCUGAAGGACUUGAAGAAAGGAGUCAAAUCCAUGGGGACAGUUCUGGGCCACCCCCUCACCCUGUCUCAGAUGUUCCGGAGAAAGCUUUGUUGCCAGAUAGUCUACCUGGGACCAGUAAUCCAGAUGCUGAACUAACUGAACACUCCAAGCAUCUAGAAGAAGACCAGGUUAAAACAGAUGCCUAUACACAAAUAACACCAGGGUCAGAAGUGGAAGGUGUGGCUAUUCCAGAGGUUCCACCAACACCUCCUACUGCCACUGAUUUCCUGCCUGAAGGUUCACCUGAAAUAACAGCUAAUGCAACACCUACUGCACAAGUUACACCCAAGACAUGUGAAGAGAAGCCAUGUGGUGUUGGGACCUGUCAGGAACAAGAUGGGAGCAUCACUUGCCUGUGCCCACCUGGAUAUAUGGGCGAUCGCUGUGACAUAGACAUUGAUGAGUGCCACUCCAGCCCCUGUCUGAAUGGAGCUACCUGCGUCGAUGGCAUCCACAUUUUCAAAUGCUUAUGCCUUCCCAGCUACGGAGGGGACCUCUGUGACAUUGAUCUGGCAGAAUGUGAAGCAGGCUGGACCAAAUUCCAAGGCAACUGUUACAAGCACUUUGAAGAAAAGCACACGUGGGUGGAUGCUGAGAACCUGUGCCGAGAACAUCAGUCCCACCUGAGCAGUAUCAUCACUCCCGAAGAGCAGGAGUUUGUGAACAACAAUGCACAAGACUACCAGUGGAUUGGCCUUAGUGACAGAGCUAUUGAAGAUGACUUCCGCUGGUCUGACGGACACUCCCUUCAAUAUGAAAACUGGCGGCCCAACCAACCUGACAACUUCUUUGCCAAAGGAGAAGAUUGUGUUGUAAUGAUCUGGCAUGAGAAGGGCGAGUGGAACGAUGUCCCCUGCAACUAUCACCUCCCGUUCACAUGCAAAAAAGGAACAGUUGCCUGCGGAGACCCACCCAUGGUCGAGAAUGCCAGGUACUUUGGGAAGAAGAAGGAGCGCUACGAGAUCAACUCCAUGGUGCGGUACCAGUGCAAUCAGGGCUACAUUCAGCGCCACCUGCCCACCAUUCGGUGUCAACCCAACGGGCACUGGGAAGAGCCACGGAUAGCCUGCAUCGAUCCUUCCACCUACAAACACAGACUACAUAAGAGAAGUCCACGGACUCGAUCAAGGACCAAUAGAGGAAUGGCACAGAGAACCACCCAUUAGAGAGGGGAGAGAUAAGAGAGCGGAAAGAGAGAUUUUAUGGAACAGCUAUAUUAACAGAAUCAAUUUCUUCUUGUUGCUUUUUUGAUGUUUUAUAUAAGGAAAAAAUAUAUUAAAGAAAAAAACCCACCUUGUGUAUAUGUAAAAAGAGAGAGAAGACAUUUUUGCAAAACACCAAAGCAAAAGCAUUUUAUUUUUUGCUAACUGUCUGGAUUCAAUUAUCUUUGUGCCUUUGGGGGGAAGGGGAUGGUGAGGGCCAAUUCAGGGUGAGGGUUAAGUUAAAUAAUAAAGAUUGUUAUUUUUUGUGGAGGGGGGACGUCCUGAUUUUAUUCACAGGCAAUGUAAUUUGAUCUGCAGGGUGGACAUGCCUCUCUCUUUUCUUCUCCCCCCCUCUUUUUUAAAGCAAUUGUGUUUCUCCUUCCCCAGCCCACCCAGAUUCUUCCCACUGCUGCAGCAUACCUUGAACAGUUCAGAGGGGGCCACUGGGAGACAGUGUGUAUUUUUUUUUUUUAAGUGAAAUGGGUUAAGCCAUUUCAGUGGGAAGGGAAAGAGGACUUCCACCUCUCCCAGAGAGGUGGGGGAAACAGCCAUUGCUCAUUUGGAUAUGUUGAUUCCUUUAAAUAAAUGCAAAAUGUAAAAUAAUGUGUGGAGGCUGAAAUUAACGAGAACACCUGACCAGCCAGAGUGGCAAUGAAAAAGAAACAGGGGGCAAAGCUAAAUGAUGGGUCUCUGGGCCUGUUUUCCUCCUGGCCCCUUUUCCUUGUCAGUUUCCAGUGACUCUUAGUCAAUUUCUCCUCCCCUCCAAUUUUUUUUAAUCUUUUAAAUUGUGUGAAGGAAAUG